ACCUGACACCCCACCUGGCCCCAGAAUAAAGGGGAGCCAGACCCGCAGGCAGACAGCACUCGGCCACCACCGGCACCUGGGGAAGAGGAAGGACCUUUCACUGCCACGCCAACCCCGCGGCUGCCUCUGACCCUGACGGCUCUGCCAUUCACCGCUGGACUUCGACCGCGGCCGGGAGCCCUGCCCAGCCCUCCAGGCCUGCCGCCUUCCAGAACCGACCGCCGGAGUUCUCCGUGGAGGUCGAGCGGGCAUGUCCCCUGCAGGCUGCAAGCCCGCAAUGACGGUCCAGGGUGUCCUCUGGGUUCUGCUCGGAUUGCUGCUGCGGCCGGAGCCGGGGACAGCCUCCCUGCCCCUGACUAUGGACUCCGUGGUCCGGGUCCUGGAGGAAGUCGAGCAGAAGGCGCCGGCCACCGAGCGCAGCCUCAGCGCCCCGGCCUGGGUGCUGUCGCUGGGGAGCAACGGCUCCCAGCAUGACUUCUACUGCUCCCUGCUGGGGCCCGGGAGCUUCUGCGCCACGGCGGAGCUGGGCCCCUCCCCGCUGAGCCCGGAGCUGCAAGGCCUGGCGGAGGCCGUGGCCCAGUACGGCGCCUGGGACGAGAACCCGUACGGGGUGGUGCUGACACCCGAUGGCUCCACCGUGGCCGUGGAGCCCCUGCUGGCGGGGCUGGAGGCGGGGCUGCAGGGGCGCAGGGCCGUGAACUUGACCUUGGGCGGCACGGCUGCCCCUCCAGACCUCGUUGGGGCCCCCGCUCCAGACGUGGCGGCCCCCUCCCCGGGGGGACUCGGGGGUGCCUCUCCAGGUGCCAGCCCUGCAGGUGCCGGAGCUCCGGACUGCCCAGCGGCCUCGCCAGGUGCCGGGGCCGGGCCUCCGGCUACCGUGGACAGCCUCCUGGCGGUCACGCUGGCCAGAACCCUGGGCCUGGGCUUCCUCUACGGCCCCCAGAACCGGAGCCGCCCCGGUCUGGGAACCGAGGGCUGCUGGGACAAGCUGUCUAACCCCCGCCUCUUCACCGCCUUGGACCCCAGGGCGCCCCUCCUCAGCGUGGCCUUCCUCAAUGGCGCCCUGGAUGGGUUCCUCCUUGGGGACUACCUGAGCCAGGCCCCGGAGCCCCGGGCACCUCUCAGCAGCCUGCUGCGCCAGUACUACGGGCCGGCGGGCGUGUCCGGAGACCCCGGGCUGCGCAGCAACUUCCGACGGCAGAAAGGGACGGCUCUGAUUUCCGCCGCCACCCUGGCCCCGCAGGUGUGGGGGGUCCUCGCCCUGAUGCAGAAGCUGCGGCCCAUACAUUCCACGCUGCGGGACAUGACCCAAGAACAGCUGGCCCAGCUGGCCAGCCGGGCUGCCAAGGAGUUCACUGAGGACUUCCUGGGAUGCCCGGCCAUCCACCCGCGCUGUCUCUGGGAGGCGGCGCCGUACCGGGGCACCCCGAAGCCGCUGCAGCUGCCGCUCGAGUUCCUGUACGUGCACCACACGUACGAGCCCGCGCAGCCCUGCACCGACUUCGCGCGCUGCGCAGCCGACAUGCGCUCCAUGCAGCGCUUCCACCAGGACGGGAACGGAUGGGAAGACAUCGGCUACAGCUUCGUGGUGGGCUCCGACGGCUACGUGUACGAGGGCCGCGGCUGGCACUGGGUGGGCGCGCACACGCUCGGCCACAACCAGCUCGGCUUCGGCGUGGCCUUCGUGGGCAACUACACGGCGGCGCUGCCCUCCGAGGCCGCGCUGCGCACGGUGCGCGACGAGCUCCCGAGCUGCGCGGUGCGCGCCGGGCUCCUGCGGCCCCACUACGCCGCGCUGGGCCACCGCCAGCUGGUGCGCACCCACUGCCCCGGCGACGCGCUCUUCCGCCGCUUGAGCACCUGGCCGCACUUCCGAGCGAUUGUGAAGCCAAGAACUGCCAGGAGGACCUCUGAGAGAUCCAGGAGGGAGCCGCCCGCCCUGGCCCCGGCGGCCACAGAGCCCCAGUAAAGAGGCCAUGCGGGCCGGGCGCGGUGGCUCACGCCUGUCACCCCAGCACUCUGGGAGGCCCAGGCGGGAGGAUCGCUCAAGGUCAGG